AUGAGGUUUCACGCAGUGGACACGACGACAAUUGGAUCCAGGCAUCCACUGCUUGGUACCACCACCAGUCUGGCACUGCUGUUCACCUCCACGCUGAGCUCCGUGAUAGUGCGAUGCAUGGAGCUUGAACAAGCACACGAGGGGUACGAUAUGCGGGGUCCGCUGUCGAAGGUGCUCAUGCGACACUACAGCCGUGUUCAACCUGAUGUUUAUACGGCAUGCCUCUGGUGGGUACGCAGAGGUCCUCAUAAAAAAGAUCACACAUCUCAAUCGGCGGUGCUGAAGGUGAAACUCAAUGACACCCCGUCACUAGUCGACGCCUUUUCAGCCACGGAGACGGCCAGUCGCCUGUUAACUCUACCUGCCUUUGACGCCGCCUAUAUUUGUUUGCUCGUCAAAAAGGGGUCACUCGCUGAGUGCAGUUGGCGUGCGUCUAACAGUAGAGCUGUGCAUCCGGCUUUCGUUGAGCAGGGAGAUCCUGCGCUUGUGCUCCAUCAGAAGCUGCCGACGUUAGAGCGACUUCAUGGCGAGCUCAAGCUUUUGGCGCUGGAGACGCUGUCCCAGCGGGUGUUGGAAAUUACCCAGCUGGACGCCGUGGUGGGGGUGGCAGAAGUUGUUGUACUGUACGGUAGUGUCCGUCGUUAUGUUUAA